AAAGGAAAAAAGAGAGAAAAAUAGAAACCGUUUGUAGCGAAAAGUUCCUGAACUAGUCAAUUGCAUUAGAUUUGAUUCAUACGUCACUCUGUCCGAAAACCCCUUGACAAAAUGAGAAGAAGCAUCUCCAAAAUCCCUUACCGCCCCGCCACCGCUACAUCCGCUCUUUCCACCUCCUCGGGCGGCGGAGGUAGAGGCCGUGGCGCUCCUACACAUUUCCAGUUCACCGUUGAUUCCCCACCCGUAGACGAAUCCAAAACUUCCAACCACGACGCCGCCUCUCCGCCGCCGCACGGCCAUGGUCGAGGCAGAGGCGUUCCGCCUUUGUUCUCUUCCUCCCUCAACAAUGGCACAAACUCCAGGGGCCGCGGCAUUGGUUUUGUUUCCCCAAAUUCCUUCUCGCCUCCAGCAGAGCAAUCUGAAGCUCAGCCGCCGCAACCUAAUCCCCAAAUGUCGUUUCUGUCCAAGUACGAAGAGUUACAAUCGGAUUCCGCCGGAUCGGAAGCUCCUCCUGCCCCAGCCAAGUCGAUUCCGUCGAGCAUCUUCGGUGUUUUAUCCGGUGCUGGUCGGGGGAAGCCCGGGGGAUCCCCUGCGCCACAACCGGAAAAGCAGAAAGCAGAGCCUCAACAACCCCGAGUGCAAUUGAGUGCUGAAGAGAAAGUGAGGAAGGCAGUGGGGAUAUUGUCGAAAGGAGACGCAGGUGGAGGCGGAGCUCGCCCCGAAGUUAGGGCUGAAAGAUGGGAAGGAGGGAGAGGAAGUGGACGCGGAGGCGGAAGAGGAAGAGGAAUGGCGAGAGGAGGAAGAGGAAGAGGCAUGGCAAGAGGAAGAGGAAACCGAGAUGAUAGUAGAUAUGAGGAAGAGGGAGAUGGAGCUGCUGAGUUUUUGGGGGAUCCUGCUGCUGAGGAGAAGGUGGCUAAGAGACUGGGGCCGGAGGUUAUGAGCAAACUGACAGAAGGGUUUGAGGAUUUGUCAAACAGGGUGUUGCCGUCUCCUAUGGAUGAGGCUCUUUUGGAUGCAUAUGAGACUAACUUAAUGAUUGAAUGUGAGCCGGAGUACUUCAUGGAAGAGUUUGGCACAAAGCCUGAUAUUGAUGAGAAACCUCCUAUUCCUCUUCGUGAUGCACUCGAGAAGAUGAAGCCAUUCCUUAUGGCAUAUGAAGGGAUUAAGAAUCAAGAAGAGUGGGAGGAAAUUAUGGAAGAAACAAUGAAUAGAGUUCCUCUUAUCAAAUCGAUUGUAGACUAUUAUGCUGGUCCAGAUAGAGUUACUGCGAAGCAACAACUAGGAGAGCUAGAACGAGUGGCUGAAACUCUCCCAGCUAGUGCACCUGCUUCUGUGAAACGUUUCACUGACCGUGCUGUUCUCUCGUUGCAGAGUAAUCCGGGUUGGGGAUUUGACAAGAAAUUUCAAUUCAUGGAUAAGCUGAUAAUGGAAGCUUCUCAGCAGUACAAGUGAGCUUUGGAUGAUUUGCCUGGUAUAUAUUCUGCUUAAUAAGAACCUUUAUACUUACAAUGGUGGAAGACUAAGAAGGGCUGUCUCUCUCACUUGGUUAUGGCCUUUCGAAAUUGAUUGCCAAUACGUAGGAGAUUUUGUCCUCAGCACUUUUGCAUUAGAUGUUAUGUCUCAUUUCAUAGACAUAUGCCAAAUUGGUCAAACAAAGGGUUUAUAUCUGAUAUGAUAAGGACCUCAAGUCCAUGCUUAGCCAAUUA